AUGGAGCUCAUGCAGCAUUCACAUCCUCCUCAUCACCGCCCUGCCGGCGAACCCACUUCUGGGUUCUCACCUCCGGUGAGUUUCCGACGUGGGUUUGGCUCGCCGGCCGCUAGUUCCCAGUUGCCGGAGAUUUUUGAAGAAACUGGUGAUGGUGGUGGUGGUGGUGGUGGUGGUGACAAGGUACACGUGGCGGUUGGAAAGUCUGUGGAGAAAGCUGUGAGCUUGCUGCGUUGGAGUGUGAAGCAAUUUGGUGGUAGAGAGAUUUGUAUACUUCAUGUUCAUCAACCUGCUCACCUCAUUCCAACUCUCUUAGGGAAGCUACCUGCAAGUAAAGCAAAUGCUGAAGUGGUGUCUGCUUUCAGGAAGGAGGAAAAGGAACAGAAAAUGAAGCUUUUGCAAAGUUAUUUGAUCAUUUGUGGUAAAGCAAAGGUUAAAGCAAGCAUUGCAAUGGUUGAAGCUGAUGAAAUCCAGAAAGGAAUUGUAGAAUCGGUGCACAGGCAUGGAGUUAGGAAGCUUGUUAUGGGGACAUUAAGGGCUUUUUUAAAGAGAAAUUAUUUACUUUUUAUUAUAUAUAAUAUAGUAACUAAUGUCAAGUAUAGUUGUAUGAAGGUGAAAAGGAGCUCCGGCAAAGCAAGUUAUGCAGCCAAAAAUGCUCCCUUGUUCUGUGAAAUAUGGUUUAUCAACAAAGGGAAACAUCUAUGGACAAGAGCUGCUUCGGAGGGCCAAAGUGCUCUGCCUACCUGCACUCAACUGCAAAUUGCUUCUGAAGGAAAUUUUGAACCAAUUCAACAUAGAAAGAAUGAGGAAUUUCACCCAGAGUGUCUCCAGUCCAGUUCUGCCAAUAAUGAUUUUUCCAGAAUCAGUAACUGGUUUCAGAGUGAUCCGGGUCGGUCAGAAACCGCUCAAUCACCAUCAACUUUAUCUUGUUCUACCCAUAUAUUCUUACCCCACAAUAUUCAUGCUUCAACUAGAACAAGUUCUAGCUCUGGUUCAGGAUAUAGUUCUGCUGAGGGAAGGGCGUCUUUAGAUUCGGAUUUGUGUAGUAGGCUUACAGAAGCUACUCUUGAAGUUGAGGCAUCGAUGGAGAAGGCAUCUUCAGAGCUAUUGAAGUGCAACAGAUUAGAAUCAGAAGCUAUGGAAGCCAUUGACAAGGUCAAAGCAUUUGAGUUUGCCUAUGCGCGUGAAAUUAAACUUAGAACAGAAGCUGAGGAUGCCCUGAGAACUACAUUGGAUGAACAAGAAAGAAUGUUGGAGGAGAAGGAAGAACUUUCUAGGAAUAUAAGGAAUACCAUGAGAAAUAUUGCUCUUCUAGAUAGUCGAGUGCAUGAAGCAAAUCGUAGGUCAGAGGAAGCUUCUGGAGAAGUAAAACAAAUUCAGACUUCAAUUGCAGCUCUCUGCCAAGAAAAACAGGGUAUCCAACGACAGAAGAUGGAAGCCAUACGCUGGCUUGAACGGUGGAGAAGUCAUCGACAAGCUGGAGCUGCAAACUACAAUGGUCUCAUUGGGUCUGUUGAAGAAUUGCUCAAGCUGGCAGAAUUCUCAUUGUCAGAUCUGCAAACUGCAACAUGCAAUUUUUCAGAGAGCUUUAAGAUUGGGCAGGGAGGGUAUGGUUGUGUUUAUAAGGGGGAAAUGUUAGGAAGAACUGUCGCUAUAAGGAAGCUACACCCUCAUAACAUGCAAGGACAAUCAGAGUUUCAACAAGAGGUACAAGUUCUUUGUAAAAUACAGCAUCCUCAUCUUGUGACCUUGCUUGGUGUGUGUCUAGAAGCCUGGUCCCUUGUGUAUGAGUAUUUACCAAAUGGGAGCCUCCAAGAUCAUCUAUUCAGGAAAAGUAACGUGUCUUUCAUGACAUGGAAGACCCGAGUACGUAUAAUUGCUGAAAUCUCUAGUGCCCUUUGCUUCUUGCACUCUUCUAAACCUGAAAAGAUUGUCCAUGGUGAUUUGAAGCCCCAAAACAUACUACUUGAUUCGGAAUUCAGAUGCAAGAUUUGUGAUUUUGGGAUUUGCAGGCUGGUAACUGAGGAAAACCUUUACUCUGCAAAUUUCGGCCAGUUCACUGAACCAAAGGGUGCAUUUUCUUACACAGAUCCAGAGCUUCAGAGAAUUGGAGUUUUGACACCCAAAUCCGAUAUUUACUCCUUCGGGCUAAUUAUUCUUCAGUUAGUCACCAGAAGGCCUCCAGUUGGUUUAGCAAAUGAGGUGCGCAAAGCACUUCUGAGUGGAAAUUUGACAGCAAUUCUGGAUUCGUCAGCUGGAGAGUGGCCUGAUUCCGUGGCAAAGCGAUUGGUACAGCUUGGGUUGCAAUGCUGUGAAUUAAAUAGUAGAGCAAGACCAGAGCUUACACCUUCUUUAGUGAGGGAAUUCGAGCAGUUGCAUGUCUCCGAAGAGCGACCUGUGCCAUCCUUUUUUUUGUGUCCAAUCCGUCAGGAAAUAAUGCAUGACCCUCAGGUGGCAGCUGACGGCUUUACUUAUGAAGGGGAAGCUCUGCUUAAAUGGUUGCAAAAUGGCGGGGAAACUUCUCCGAUGACCAAUUUGAAAUUAAGUCACUUGCAUCUUACUCCAAACCAUGCCUUACGGCUUGCUAUUCAAGAUUGGCUUUGCAAGUCUUGAAAUCUCAGUACCUUCAUAUUUUUCAGGUUUAGGUUGUAAUUUGCAACCAUUGUAUAUCAUGAAACAGUAGGGAAGUUAGUUGGAUUCAAAUUAUCACAGGAAAGUGCAGACACAAUAAGCAGCAAUGGUUGAUUUCUGAUAUAGAAAUGUAAAUUAUC